GCUUCACGGCAAGGAAAAGUUACCAAGGUAACUUUGCAACUGAUACUCACAAACUGAGCUAACGAACUAUGCAAAUAUUAAAGUUAAACCUGCCGGGGACGACAGAGUUUUGAAAACACACUGGAGCGUUGUUUGAUAUCACUUGUCGAACACUUGACACGACUCCAACGGUCAUGGGGGUCGCACUGACAAGAGCAGCCCAAUGGACCACUGCAAGCACGGGGACAGGGAAGCUAGAGAUCACGCCGCAGAACGAGACCCUCCUGAAAGACAUCCAGCGGUUCGUGGAACAGUUCAGCGCCAGACACCCUCAGGAGGCGAGGCAUGUGUUUAAGGAGCCGCUACAGUGGAAAACGUCUUUGGAGGCUUCUGAUUUCAAAACAGAGUAUGACAUCAGCGGUGCGUCAGUGGUGUCCCACGAGAAGGAUAAGAGCGGCCGUCCCCUGCUGCACCUGUCCCCCCCAGUCAUCUCUGUGCUCAGCUUCAGCCAGCUCUCCAAGCUCCUGCAGGUGGCCAAGGAACGGAAGCUGAAGGAGGUGCGGGCCUGUCUGGAAGCCAACAGAGACCCGGUGGUGCGCAUCCUAGGCCCCAGCUUUGCCACGGUGGAGGGGGAGGACUCGUCCAUCCUGCGGCUUCUGGACAAGGUGAAGGGGGGCGACCCCGGCGGCGAAACGGAGCUCCAGGUCAAGCUGCUCAUUCUCCUGCAGCAGCUGGACACGCAGCUCCUCAGCAGCUCCCUCAAGCAGAUCAGCAAAGAGGUCCGCCUGAGUCCUGCCGCAGUGAAGAAUGAAGUGGAGCUGCUGUGGAGCUUCUGUGGCCCCGGAGAGAAGGGCCUGCUCAAGUCCGUUAACUACACAUCAGAUUAUGAGUUCAGUAAUGGCUGCCGCUCCCCACCCUGGAGGCAGGUGCACGGGGAGAUCUGCUACCUCAUCGUGGAGCCCUGCGACGCUGAGACACUCUACAUCACCUGCAGCACCGCCGGGGUCUUCCUCAACAAGGGAGUGAAGCAGGAGGCAGAGGAGAGUGCGUACGAGAGGGAGAGUGAAGUCUACAAAGACCUGGUGUCCUUUCUGAAGGCCUACUCGGCACACUUUGGCACCCAACUCAUCACGCAGGAUUUUGCCGUUCAAGAGGAGCCUCCAUCAACACAGAAGAUCCCACAUGUGGAAGCGGUUGACGCGGAGGAGACGGGCCAAUCCCUGCGCUCUUACGAGCACCAGGAGAAGAAUGCGCACGACAGGGCCAGACAGCAGCAGCUGACGCCCAGCAAGUCGGCCGGCAAGAAGAAGCUGGAGCCCUCGCCCAAGUGGAAGGGCCUGGGCCUGCCCUCGCCAAACCAGGAGGCGGCGGAGGAGAAGAAGAAGGGGAAGAAAGCGGAGAAGUCGAGCGAGAAGAGAGCGGAGAGCCCGGCCAAAGCCACCAGGCCCGAUAGCAAGAAGAAGUUCGGCUCCUUCUCUGGAUCCUCACUCCCUGGCCAUCAGUCAAGUCACAGGACUAAGGUGACGGUGGAUGACAUGAGUGAGAGUUCCUCUGAGAGCGAUGAGGACGAGGAGCAGCCGGAGAGACGACCCGAGAGCAACACCGACCUGCCCUCAGAGUACUGGCAGAUACAGAAGCUGGUCAAAUACCUCAAGGGCGGUAACCAGACGGCCACGGUGAUCGCUCUGUGCUCCAUGCGUGACUUCAACCUGGCCCAGGAGACCUGUCAGCUGGCCAUCAGGGAUGUGGGGGGUCUGGAGGUGCUCAUCAACCUGCUGGCCACCGAGGAGAUCAAGUGCAAAAUCGGCUCCCUGAAAAUCCUGAAGGAGAUCAGCCAUAACCAGCAGAUCCGGCGGGCCAUCGCGGACCUGGGCGGCCUGCAGACCAUGGUGUGCAUCCUGGACUCCCCCGACAAGGAGCUCAAGUGCCUGGCCGCAGAGACCAUCGCCAACGUGGCCAAGUUCCGCAGGGCCCGCCGCACUGUCAGGCAGCACGGAGGCAUCAAAAGACUGGUGGAGCUUCUGGACUGCGUGCCUGACUCGGCGGCCCUGACGGAGGAGCAGGAGCGCGACGUGGAGGUGGCCCGCUGCGGGGCCCUGGCGCUCUGGAGCUGCAGCAAGAGCACGCGCAACAAGGACGCCAUCCGCCGCGCAGGGGGCAUCCCACUGCUGGCGCGCCUGCUCAAGUCCCCACACGAGAACAUGCUCAUCCCCGUGGUGGGCACCCUGCAGGAGUGCGCAUCAGAGAAGAGCUACAGGGUGGCCAUCCAGGCGGAGGGCAUGAUUGAGGACCUGGUGAAGAAUCUAAGCUGUGACAACCAGGAGCUGCAGAUGCACUGUGCCAGCGCCAUAUUCAAGUGUGCGGAGGACAAGCACACGCGUGACCUGGUGCGGCGCUACGAGGGCCUGCAGCCUCUGGUCAGCCUCCUCAGCCAAUCAGAGAACAAGGAGCUUCUGGCCGCCACCACCGGAGCCAUCUGGAAGUGCUCCAUAAGCAUGGAGAAUGUGAACAUGUUCAAGGA